AUGUCCACGCGCCACGGUGCCAGCCCCCAUAUUGGUUGCUUCUGCGCCGGCACCCUGGCCCAAUUCAGUCCCUACACUAAGCCAAUCGUGUUUCCUAGCCAGUGGUCCCAGCUGCUUCCAUCUCCAAGCCAGUGCUUCCUGCUGUGCCGGUCCCCCCAGUUCCAGUGCAACAAGUUCCUUCAGUGCCAGCUCCCCGGCUCCUCCUACACAUUCUCCUGGGCAAGUGCGCCAUACUUGCUCUGCUCGCUUCAGGCGGGCAUUUUGUUUUUUGGGCUCCUGAAUGAGAUCUGUGCAGAAUUUCAUAGAAUUACAAACGUCAACCUAAAAAACCACUUCUAUGCUGAGUUGGACAGACAUGCCCCUCAUCUUCUGAGCUUGUUCAGGAUUAAAGCAGGACGUGCUGGAAAAGUGUCUGAAGUUUGGUGUCAGCUCUUCAGAAUAUAUGACCUCCAGGAGCAAGUUGAUGUGCAUGUCAGACGUGCUGCUGUCCUCCGCGCUCUUCCUGCCUAUCUUCAUGAGGACGACUCCAGUUUUCUGAAGACGUGGAAUGUGUCCCAAUCUGAUGAACCCGACAUUGAUGACAUGCCAAUUGGUCUCCUCUCAAUCAGUGCCAAUUCAACUGAUGCCACGCCAUUCUGUCCAGAGAGGAUUGCAGUUGUGCUUGAGGGUAACAUUGUUAUCGAACACCCCACAUUAGCUGAUGCAUUUGUCACGCUUUUUGGACUUAUGUACGCACUGCAUCUAAGUUACCCAAAAGAGUUAGCAAACACUUUUGACUUCACCCAGAAAGUCUUGAUGGGACUGGAGGAUGGAAAGUUGAGGCCCAGAGUGUUGACCCUUAAAAACGAGCUGUUGGCAGUGGAGUAAAUUGAAGUAUGAAGAAAUGUUACACCGUUGCUAAUUCAUGCAAGUGUCUGGACAUGGUUCAGUUAUUACAUUCAGUCCCAUGUGUCCAGCCAUGUUAUGUUAGAGUUUGGUUUUCUGAUUGCUGAAGGGAGUAGUGCACAGAAGUGUUCAGCGCUCUGCUCAUCACUACCAGCAGGACUCUCAAUCUGCUGAAAGCAAUGCCAUAAAAGCUUCUGUAAGGAUCCCAAUACUUUUUAUACCUAUGUAUUGUAUGUGUUCUUGGUUUUACUUGCAGAAAAAAACAGUUUUACCAGUGCAAAACCGGUGGAGAGCAGGUAGCGUGGCCCAAAUGUUAUUUUCUUGUUCAAUUUUAAAGGAAUAAUAAGAAAGAAAUGAGCGCUAGUGUUAUGAGUUACUUUCUUGCGUUAAACUUCAAUUUUAAAUUUUAAUGAUUUUCAUUAACACAUAUCAAUGUGUGCCAAAUUGGAAUUGAAUGUCAGACAAAAAUGAUACAUAUUAGGAAAAAUUGUAUUUGGUCCAUUUUACCUGCUGUAUGAAUGUAGCCAGUGCUGUACAUUUUCUACUGCUAUGAUCAUCAAGUUUAUUUUGUGUUAACUAGACUGAACUAUGAGUGGAGGUUGUGUUAAAA